UUCUCCAACAAAAAACAAGGCCUGGAUAGGGCUCCGGCUACUGGUGGCAGCUCGUCCCCAAUUCUCUUCUAUCCCUCCCUGCUCUCCUUCACUUCACUUCACUCCCCAGCUGCCAUUGCUGCAGCACAGGAGCUGCAUGGGUUUGCAGAUGAUGCAUGGCAGGCCCUGCGCCUCGUCCUCGUCACCUUCCUCGUCUUGGAUGAUGCAGCCCCAGCCCCCCAAGCAGUCUCACCAUCCAUUGAGUGGAAGGCCAAUUUCUUCUGAAUCCCUUGCACUGGCCUUGCAUCUCUUGCUCAGACGUCACAAAAGAACUUGUGCAUCUUUAUCCGGAGUGCUUCAAAUCACAGAGAACAAGUCAAGUAGUUCAAUGAAAACAAAGGUGAAUCCAGAGAGAAAGGCCCUUGACGAUGCUCUUGACAAAAAUAAGCAGCUUGGCAGUCUGAAUAAAGAGAUGUCUUAUUGGAUGGAUUUGGGUUACACAAACAGUAAUUUGCAGUACAGCUUGUUAAUGCAAAACCUUGAAGAGUUGGAGAAUAGUUUGGCUGGUAAAGAGUUAGUAACGCUGGAAAAGGAUAUUCUCGUGCAUAUCGAACAGCUCGGAGCUCUGAAAUCGUUCAAUGCGUCCAUGUCCAUGGCCACCCUAAAACAAACCUCAGAUGAAUCAGACUGUGCUCUACUUGACAAAAUUAUAAAGUUUGAUCCAGAGACUCCUCUGAAGGAGCAGGAUACUGAAGUGAUUGUUCGAAGUGGCAAGAGUCAAGGGAGGAAACUGAAAAGAAUGAGGGCAUCAGAAAAAGGAUCCGGGAUCUCCGUGGAAGUGUCUAAACGAAAAUCAAGAAAGUUGCGGAAGUCUAGUAGUAGUCAGUUUAUAUCCGAGUGGAAAAACUACCCGGGCCGACGAAGGAGCAUUGUACGUGAACAAUCGGCAUUGCUAGUGACUAUCAAGGAAUGCGCAAACCUUGAGAAAAUCAGAGAGAAAAUGAUAAAGGAGGGGCAGGAGGUCAGCUACCACAGGUGGGCAAUGGUAGCUGGAGUUGGUGAAGCAGAGCUGAAGAGCAGGCUGCAGGCAGGUUACUGCAGUCGAGAGAGGUUGCUGGUGACCACAGAGUGGUUAGUCAAGUACAUUGCAAGAACAUACACUGGAAUGGGGACGCCUUUCGACGAUCUACUUCAGGCUGGGAAAAUGGGCGUGCUUGAUGGCGCCGAGAAGUUCGACAGCCAAAAGGGGUGCAAGUUCUCCACAUAUGUCAAGUACUGGAUCAGGAAAGGGAUGCUAGCUCUCCUGGCUGAAAAUUCAGGAGUUACCCUGCUGCCUGCAAGAAUGGAGAGCAUAAUCCGCAAAGUGAAGGAGGCGCGGCGCGCAAUCCGGUACAGCGCAGGGAGGAACCCGUCAGAUUCAGAGAUCGCCACCAUGGUUGGCGUGUCGGUAGCCAACGUCAGAUUGGCGCGCAAGUGCUCCCGGAGAGUUGCGUCACUCUACACAGAGAUUGGAAUUGGACAGAACGCAAAGUUGGCGGAGGUGAUUCCGGACACAUCUCUGGAGGCUCCAGACGAGGCCAUCUUCCGGAGCCAGCUGAGGGAUAGGCUUCUGCUCGUGCUGGACAGGCUCCCGGCACGGGAAGGCCGCGUGCUGAAGCUGCGGCACGGGCUGGAGGACGGCAAGUGCAGGUCGCUGGAGCAGAUCGGCGGCAUCUACCGUGUGUCCAAGGAGUGGAUCAGGAAGAUCGAGAAGUCGGCCAUGGCCAAGCUCAGGAACGAGGACGUGCGUCGCGAGCUCAGCGACUUCUGCGGGUUUUAAAAGGCUGUGCACGGCAAGUGCCGAGGAUCGGAUCUGGUGCAUGGCUUGACCGCACAUACAUAUAUAUAUAGCAUUGCUCAUUUGUGAACAGUGCUUGUCAAGUUGUGAUAGCAUCAUAUAGAAAAGAAGUUGUAUAUAUUACAUGACUCGUACCUAUACAGCGCAACAAGAAGUUGUGAUAGCAUCGUAUAUAUAGUAAGAAGUUGUAUACAGAAAAGAAGUUGUCAGGUCUA